AUGAAAUUGCUGAUUGUGACUGCUUUGUUCGCCAUGGCAUUGGCCGAAAGACCAAAAAUUAAAGACAACACCCGAGCAUUUUUGGUUAAAAUAAGUGAUAUUCCAAUCGGAUCAUGUGGUGGAGAUUCCUACUUUGGUUUGGGAAUCAUGAAUGGAACACUUGAGAAAUGUGAAGAAUGGCAAAAAACUGAUCCCGAAGAUAUGAAAGCUUAUGAAAUUUGGAAAUGCAAACAUUUACGAAUGCACGGACAAGUUAAGGAUGGCAAAUGUGUUUGUGCUGAUAUGUGGAAGGGAUCCAUUUGCAAUGAUUACCACGGAUGCGAUCCCGGUUUCUCAUACAACGGAAAAGUUUGUAUUCCAAAUGUUUGUAAGAACGGAGGUGACUUAGCUGUCGGAAGUGUGGAAAUUGAAUGUAUCUGCCCGAUUCCAUGGGACGGCAGACUGUGUGAGCGUCUGACUUGCUGGAGAAAAACGAAAUUCGGACAAGACAAGCGUUUCAUUAACGACGUUAAGAGUUGCAAAUGCGGAAAGCAUUAUACGGGAGAGAAUUGUGACGUCAUUAAGACCUGCUACAAUGGAGAAGAGCCAGUAGAUGGAAAAUGUACCUGUUUACCUGGAUUCGGUGGAGAAAUCUGUGAUCGUACCUGUCCCAAAGGACAACUUACAUGCUCAUCUGGUCUUCUUUCAAGUUCAAUUAUCCUCAGUUUGGCAGUGGCACUUUAUCUUAGAAGCUGA